AUGAAGCCCCGGCAGACGGAGGUGUCCAUCCCGCUGCAGCCCCCCGGGCGGGGGGCGACCCCCGCCGCCGGCCCCGACGGGCAGCCCCGGGACUACGUGCUCUGGUCCCUCUUCAACGUCCUGCUGGGCUACGGGCUCGCCUACCUGGGCUGCCUCUGCUUCCCCGCGCUCAUCUUCUCCAUCAAGGCCCGUGACUGCAAGGUGCUGGGGGAUCUGGAGGGUGCCCGGCAGCAUGGCGCCCGUGCCAAGGCAUUGAACAUCAUCUGCUCCCUGCUGCUGGCCCUCGCUGUGGUCACCAUCAUCAUCAUCGUCAUCGUCGCCAUGUCCAAUGCCACCUGACCACUGCAUGACCACUGACCUGCUUGCUGCCACCCCCUGGGGUGCUUCUCCUUCCCCCUCCUCCUUCUCCCAGAAUGUCCCCGUGUCCCCACUUUGGGCACGUGGCACAGGGGAAAGAGAGCGACACCCUGUCCCCUUGCUGCCUGCACCCCUGGGUGUCCCAGUAUGGCCACUGCAUGGAAGGGGGUGGGUGGACCAGGGUGGGACGCAGAGGACAGCCCCCCUUUCUCCUUCGCUUGUGCGCCUGGGCAGGGAGCUGCGACCGUGUAUGGGUCACUGUUGCCACA